AUGGACCAGAAUACAGCCUAUCAGUUAUUCGUUGCCACCUACCAUCCUGAUCCAAAUGUCCAUAAGCAAGCAGAACUAAACAUUAGAAAUAUUGAAGCAAAUAACGGCUUCUUGCCUAUCGUCUUGCAAAUCCUUGCUUCUGAAGAACUCGAGUUGGGUGCACGUCAAGCUGCUGCCAUCUAUUUCAAGAACCGUUUGAACAAGGCGUGGGAUGGUGAACGUGAAUCUGCAGUGCCUAUCAAUAACGAGGAUCGCAACAUGGUCAAGCAAACUAUUUUACAAGCACUCGUUACAGCACCUAAUCAAGUCCAAGUCCAACUCACAUCCACCCUCAACACCAUCUUGACCAACGAUUUUCCUGACAACUGGCCCAACUUUGUCAGCGAGCUCGAGCGACUUUUGACUUCAACGGAUGUUCGUUUGGUGUAUGUCGGUUUAUUGGCUUUGCGCGAAGUGGUUCGAGUGUAUCAAUGGAGAACAGGCACCAAACGUGAACCUUUCAGACAAUUGAUCAAGUUGACAUUCCCCGCCAUCCAAAAUAUCUGUUCUGGUCUCAUUUCCUCAGACAGCGUGGAAGCAGCCGAGAUGCUGAAAUUGGCACUCAAGAUUUAUCACGCAGGCAUCCAAGCUGAACUCCCCAAAAGUCUGCAAGACCCCAGCUCGCUCGUCCCUUGGGGUACCUUGUUCCUGCAACUGAUUGAAAAGAAGAUUCCCAACGAAGCAUUACCCGCCGACGCCGAUGAGCGUGAUCGAUUCCCUUGGUGGAAGACCAAGAAGUGGGCCUACCACUGUCUGAACCGUCUCUUUUCAAAGUACGGUAACCUCGCCACCAUGCCUCGCAGCACACCUGAAUACAAUGCCUUCGCCAAAUCAUUCUCUGCCAACUUUGCACCCAAUAUCUUGCAAGCGUAUCUAGGUCAAGUGGAAUUAUGGAUCAAAAAGGAGAUUUGGAUUCCCAGCAAGUGUUUGGCUUUAACGUCUUCCUUCUUUGCUGACUGUGUCAAGAACAAGACGACCUGGCAACUGUUGAAGCCUCAUGUCGAGACAUUGGUGGCUCACUUUAUUUUUCCUCAGCUCUGCUUCUCUGAAGAAGAUCAAGAGCUUUGGGACGAAGAUCCCGUCGAAUUUGUGCACAAAAAGGUGGAUCCCUUGGAAGACUUCCAUUCACCUCAGACCAACGCCAUGAACUUUUUGAUUGAUUUGGCUCGUGAUCGCAAAAAGUACACUUUCAUGGGCAUCUUGAACUUUGUCAAUGGUAUGCUCAACAAGUAUUUGGAGGCUCCCGAGGACCAAAAGAACCCCAAGGAAAAGGACGGUGCUUUGUGUAUGAUUGGCGGUUUGGCUUACCAAGUGUUGCAGAAGAAGUCUCCCGUGGCCAACAUGAUGGAACCCUUCUUUGUCACUCACGUCUUUCCCGAGUUCAAGAGCAAAUACCCCUUCUUGAGAGCCCGUGCCUGUGAUCUGACAAGACAUUUCAGUGAUUUGGACUUUGCUAACGAACAAAACUUGGCUACUUUAUAUCAAUGCGUUACUGACUGUAUUCGCGAUACUGAAUUGGCUGUCAAGGUACAAGCUGCUCUUGCGCUUCAACCCAUGAUUCGCCAUGAAAGUGUCCGCAAUGCCAUGGCUCCCAACUUGCCCUUCAUCAUGCAAGAGUUGCUCAACUUGACCAACGAGAUUGAUAUCGACACUUUGGCCAACGUCAUGGAGGAGUUUGUGGAAGUGUUUGCUGAGCAGUUGACUCCUUUUGCCGUCCAACUCUGUACUCAACUGCGUGAUACUUUUUUGCGUAUUAUGGAGGAACUGAACCAAAGCAACACCUUGGCCAGCGCGGAUGAUGAUGAAUUCACUGGUGAUAUUGAUGAGUUGAGUGACAAAACCAUGGCUGCUAUGGGUGUCUUGAAGACCAUUGGUACCUUGAUUCUCAGUCUCGAGAGUACCCCAGAGAUCCUGCAACAGUUAGAAAACGCACUCUUGCCUGUCAUUACCUAUACCUUGGAAAACAAGAUUCUGGACUUGUAUGACGAGAUUUUUGAGAUUAUUGAUUCCUGCACAUUCUCAGCCAAGCGUGUGACACCUACCAUGUGGAGCGUGUUCGAGUUGAUCUACGGUGCCUUUAAGGAUUCCGGCAUUGACUACAUGGAAGAGAUGCUGCCUCCUUUGGACAACUAUAUUUCUUAUGGUAAGGAUGUGUUCAUCUCCAACGAGCAUGUUCAGCGCAUGAUGUUUGAUAUCAUCGAUACCGUCAUGAAGAGCGAUCGCGUGGGUGAGACGGACCGUAUCUGUGCCUGUAAAUUGAUGGAGUCUGUGCUGCUCAACUGCCGUGGUCAUGUCGAUAUGUGCAUUGCUCCCUUCCUCAACUUGGCCUUCCAGUACAUCUUCACUGGCUCCAUGAAGACGACUGAAUUCAAGGUGCACUGUAUCGAGGUUGUUGUCAACUGUAUCUACUAUAACCCCGCAUUGACAUUGCGUCUCCUGGAGGAAAACAACUGGACCCAGGGAUUCUUUACAUUGUGGUUCAAUACCCUGUCCAAAUUCUCUCGUGUGCACGACAAGAAGCUCGUUAUCGUUGCACUCUGCUCCUUAUUGGAACUGCCCACAGAAAUGAUUCCUGCCUCGCUCCAAUCAGGCUGGUCGCAGAUCCUGGCUUGUAUGAUCACUGUGUUCCAGACCUUACCUAAGGCCAUGGAGAACCGUGAAAGCAUGGAGAAACUAUACGGUUCAUUUGACGACGAAGACUUUGGUGAAGAUGACUUUAGCGGAUUUGAAGGACCCAGCGGCGAUGAGGAGGAAUACGAGGAAGGUGUUGAAGAUGAAGAUGUGCCUGAUGAGGAUAAUGAAUACCUUGAAUACCUUGCAAGUCAAGCCGCAUCGCACUCUGGCGCUGAUGGAUACAGUGAUUUGGACGACGAUGAAGAAGAAGAAAUGGAGGAGGAAAUCUUGUUUGAGUCGCCAUUAGACGAAGUUGAUCCAUACAUUCGUUUUGAACAAGUGUUUAGAAACAUGCAAACCAACAACAGUGCUUCUUAUACCCUAUUAACCAAGGAUUUAAAUGCUGAUCAACAAAACCAAAUUAUGACUGUAUUAUCAACUGCCGAGCAACAUCGCGCUGCUGCCACCAACGCUGCUUCUGCUGCUGCCCCUGCUGCUUCCUCUUAA